GCAAAAUGACUGAGAUGAAACGAGCGACGCUGUCAAAAUGAAUUGCAGACAGGCUGGACCGAGGCGUGUUCUCCAGUGGCCUGUGGGUGACGCUCUGCCGAUGCUCUGUUCCGGCACUUAUCCGUUGCUUUCGACUCUUCCCAAGCCAUGUCCGCCACCACAACACCCAUCCACAUCCGCAAAGCCCUCCCCCAAGACGUCCCCCUCAUCCUCGCCUUCAUCAAACUCCACGCCGCCUACGAAGGCGCCCCCACAAAGUGCCAUGCGACCGAAUCCAAACUGCUCACCACGCUCUUCACCCCGCACCCGUACGCGUCCGCCAUCUUCGCCGUCCUCAACGGGCAUGAAGUCGCAUUAGCCAUCUAUUUCUUCAGCUUCUCGACGGCGGUGGGGCCGUGUUUCUUUUUGGAGGAUCUGAUUGUCGCGGAGGAGUACCGGGGGCGCGGCGUUGGAACGGCGAUCUUGAGGGAGUUGGCGAAGGUGUGCGUGGAGAGGGGCUGUGGGAGGAUGGAGUGGGGCGCUUUCAGGGGGAAUGUAAAGGCCGCGGAGUUUUAUACGAAGAGGGUCGGGGCCAGAAUCGUCGAUGAUAGCACGACGUUUCGGUUGGAGGAGGAAGCGUUGCGGGACAUGGCAAAUCUGGACGACCGAAAGACCAACGAACCCAGCGCGGGGGGUUGAUGGAUGAGGCUGAGUGGAGUGGAGUAGAUUUCCUGGGUAUGCAGUUGCGAGAUUGUUGGUUCAGGAUGUUGGAGGUAAAUGACUAUC